AUGAAAUCGCAUGAAGUUUCACAAUGGGAGGCAACCAUCAAACAUGAGAUCAUUCACGCAUUCGUUUUCACACCAGCACUGUGGAAAAAUUUUCCUGGAGCCGGCAAUGCCGUCAGAGAAGAGGAUAUGACCAUCAUUCCUAAUGUUGUCCAUAAGAUCACACGCUCAGAUUGGGAAAGCUCAAAAGGGGUGAUGAAACAUGACGUUUACAUGGUGGUGACGCCAAAAGUUCGCGAAGAAGCUCGACGUUUCUUGAACUGUUCGACCAUUGAAGGAGCUGAACUCGAAAACCAGGGAGGGGGCGGUACAGCUGGAUCCCACUGGGAGAAACGCGUCUUUGAGAACGAGGCAAUGACUGGUAUAGCUACUCAAGUUUAUGCUUUGUCCCGUCUUACGCUGGCACUGUUUGAAGAUUCCGGAUGGUACAAGGUGAACUACGAUAAAGCCGAAGACAUGACCUGGGGACGAAAUCUCGGCUGCACCUUCGCCAAGCAGAGCUGUCUGACAUGGAUAAAGAGGAACUUGGUGAAUCCGUAUCCGUUUUGUACGAUGUACGAUGACCAAAGGUGUAGUACAACUCGCAAGGCAAAGCUCAGCUGUGGCAUGACGGUCGACAGAAAAACCGUUCCUGAUGAGUACAAUUACAAUGUUAGAGGCUUGUACCGCGAUAAGAAGAAUAAAGAAGUUGUUGGAUAUGGAACUAUAUAUGCUGCGGACUUCUGCCCUUAUUAUAGAGUAAGCCCGCAAAUGCCAUCUUCGCCUUUUCGAUCCUACCACCAUUUUUGA